AUGAUUCUCAAUGGACUUACUAGAACUACUAUAAAAGGAUCACUCCUUCUUAAUCGGGGUUUGAGACUAUAUUCUGGAAUGGUGAAGGAUUCAUCUGAAACUACACAUUUUGGAUAUCAAACCGUUUCCACCAGGGAAAAAGAAAACCUAGUUAAAGGCGUUUUCUCCAGCGUUGCCUCCAAUUAUGAUUUGAUGAACGAUAUCAUGUCCAUGGGUGUUCAUAGACUAUGGAAAACUCAUUUUAUCAACAAGCUAGAUGCAGGAAUGAGGCCAGGUACCGAUCGUCCUCUUGCAUUUCUAGAUGUCGCUGGGGGUACUGGCGAUAUCGCUUUUGGUUUGUUGGAUCAUGCGAAGCACAAGUUUCAAGACAUCCAAAGUACCAUGACAGUGGCUGAUAUCAACCCGGAUAUGCUAAUGGAAGGUGAAAGAAGGUGUGUAGUACAAACUUCAUAUGGUCGCUCACCCCGAAUUCAGUUCCUUGAACAGAAUGGUGAGACUUUGGAUAAAAUUGAAGAUAAUUCCAAAGACGUAUACACCAUUGCAUUUGGUAUCCGCAAUUUCACCGAUAUCCAAGCCGGUUUGAACACCGCGUAUCGAGUGUUGAAGCCUGGGGGAGUGUUUGCCUGUUUGGAGUUUUCACAUGUAGACAACAGUCUCGUGGAUACAGUUUACCAGACAUACUCAUUUUCUUUACUACCUCUAAUGGGACAACUAGUUGCCAAUGAUAGAGAUUCCUAUCAAUAUUUAGUUGAGAGCAUCCGCAAAUUUCCUAAACAGGAAGAAUUUGCAGGAAUGGUGCGCAAAGCAGGCUUUUAUGUUCCAGGAAAAGGCUAUGAGGAUCUCACAUUUGGAGUAGCAGCCAUUCACAUUGGCGUGAAGUUAUGA